AUGGAGAAUCGCAUCCGAGCUCUGGAAGUGGCAAACCCGGAUGUCUCCCCUACCCAGGCCGCGCCCGCGUCGGGAUCCAGGGCUGUCAAACCUACGCGUGUCACUGCGAAUGCGUCUUCUACUUUCAAGCCAAAACCGAACGGAAAGUGUCCACUCUGCAGAGAGAAUCAUCUUCUCUCAUACUGCGCCAAAUACAAAGGCAUGACCGUGGCUAACCGGGACAAGUUGGCCAAGAAACUUAACUUAUGCCUCAGCUGCCUACGCACGGGGCAUCGAGUAGACGCAUGUGCGGCGGGUCGAUGCCUGAUCUGUUCCGGUAAACAUCACACAUCGCUACAUGGCUUUACCUUUCAGCACGCUGCAAACCUCGACUCGUUGGAGGGAGGUGAAAUCGACACGGUGACGAGUAGUAGCACUGCGACUACGAGCGUUGCUGCCCUGGCGGCGCCGACUACGCCCACGGUUCUCCUGAAGACGGCUAUGGUCACCUUGCUCAAUGAUUCGGGGCACGCGAUCAAGGUCCGAGCACUCCUGGACUCGGGUGCACAGUCAACUUUCGUGACGGAGUGGGUUGCGCAGCAGUUGCACGCUAGGCGACAGCGAGUGAACGUGACGGUUCUGGGCCUCCAGGAGGCUCGAAUGGGUGUGGUUUCUUCUUCCUGCAGGCUCACUGUGAGCUCUCCUAAUAAGCCGAGCUUAUGCCUCCCAACCGAAGCUCUGGUGCUUUGA